AUGGUUGCACAUGUUAGUGAUUUUGGUAUUGCAAAACUCAUGGAUGAAGGACAAUCUAAAACACAUACUCAGACUUUGGCUACUAUUGGAUACCUUGCACCAGAGUAUGGAUCUAGAGGAAUUGUUUCUGUCAAAGGAGAUGUAUACAGCUAUGGAAUUAUGCUAAUGGAAAUCUUCACAGGAAAAAAACCAACAGAUGAUAUGUUUGUUGCAGAGCUAAGUUUGAAAACAUGGAUCUGUGAAUCAUUGCCUAAUUCAAUUAUGGAUGUCUUGGAUUCUAAUUUAGUCCAACAAAAUGGGGAACAAAUCAUUGACAUAUUGACUUACAUGUCAUCUAUUUUUGGUUUAGCCCUGAACUGCUGUGAAGAUUCACCCGAAGCAAGAAUUAUUAUGGCAGAUGUUACUGCGUUGCUAAUCAAAAUCAAGACUUCGGUUCUUGGUGCAAAUAGGGCCUAG